UCUGUUGAUAUUCACCGGUGAAAGUCGACAUUCUCCAAUUUCGGUCAUUCACGGUAACAUAUCCAAAUAAACAGGUGACUGAACACAAUUUAAGACCAGGAACAAUAUCCAAUGAGAUCAGAACCUAUGAAGCUCAAAUAAAAAAUUUAACCUGAGCAAAUUAAGCAAAUUGUACACCAGAUGACUGAAAACAUCAAGAAGUCAUUUGCUAAACGUAAAGAUAAAACGCAUUUGCAAAACUAUAGUCCACGGUUGCAUAGAUUUUCUGGGAAAGACAUCGAAAUACCUGGACAGUACACUGAGGCUUAUGCCACAGUAUCAUGCCAAAAUCAUGAAGCUAGAAUCUUCAGAGAAGGUGCUCAAAUCUCUCCGGAAGCCUACACAAAUCGUUAUGAUUAGUAACGAUGCAAAAGAGUGUUCCUUCCUGGUGAAGUUCGGUGAAGAUUUGAGACAAGAACAAAGGUUACAACAGUUGUUCACUGUUAUGAAUAAAACGUUGCGCAUUCAUGCUAUUUGCAAUCAGAGACACGUAUCAGGUGAUUUCUUUGUUCAAGGCAGUGGGGCUAAUAGAAUGGAUAGGCAAUAUAAGAUCUCUGCAAGAGUUUAUAUACAUUACAUUAUCCGCGGAAGAAGAAAAACAGUACAAGGCGAUAGAUGUACACUAUGAAGAGUGGAUUCAAAGCGCCACACCCUCUAAAGCAGGUUGAGAGAUAUAAAGAGGCAAUAGUGAAAUACAGCGCAGCAAAAGUGAUCGCUAAAAUGAACGAGUUUAUAAGUAAAAUCAUGUCCAUCUGUAGAAAGCGUCGUUGUGAUGUGUCGAAAUUUUGUCACCACUUUUACCACCAUGUGCAUUGCUCAUUGGAGUUUGGGUACCAGUGAUCGACAUCUUGGAAAUCUUCUGAUCGCAGUUCAAUCUGGUCGUUGUUUGGGAAUCGAUUUUGGAUUAGCAUUCGACGUCGGUGUUGAUCUGAGGAUUCCUGAAUGAAUGCCGUUUCGUUUAACAGAUCAAAUUCUUGGUUUGCUCAGAUCUUUCAGAUCUUUGAAAAAUAUCUUCUACGAUCUAUAAUGGUACAUACGUUAAAAGCGCUCAGGAACUAGGCAGGUCCUAUCCUAUCUUUUUUUUGUUCACAAGCCCUUAAAUUUGACUGAACAUGUGAACAAAAAACAGCGAGAAGAUGGAGAUGAUAUCGCGGACAUUAGAUGGAUGCCUAUAAAAAAGAUCAAAGCUAUUACCAAAAAAUUAAACGGAAUCAAACCGACUUUGAUUAUUCUAGAGCAAUUCAAGGUUCAACACGAGAACAAAUAUUUUGGUAGAUAUUAUGUUAUACUAAAUGGAGAAGAUGACAAUAAACUCCUCGAGCAGCCAUGAAUAAUGAUCAUCUAACUCCUGAGGAACAGAUAAUAUUUUAUACAGUGUCCCAGAUCACCUAUCUACUAUUCUUCUUCAUUUUAAUAACAAGCGUAGUCUCUGAUACAAAUUAUUUCUUGAUGUUGAGUUACAAAUUUAAUUAAAUUUUUAGAUUCAAUGCUUCCUGGAUCAAGCAACCGACUUAAAUAUUCUAGACCGUACAUAUGUUGGCUACUGGCCAUAGCUUCAAAUCAUUCAAACUUAGGUAUAGUUAUGCUUGAUCAUGACAUUACUUGCAAUUAUAGGCAUAUAAUAUAUUUUGUAUACGAAUGUAUUUUUACAAAUUAAAUUAAAUCAAACAAUUUAAUAGAUUACUUGAACUUUUAAACUAUUUACAUGUCUGCUUUAAAAACGGGUCAGUUGAAAUAUGCAAAGCUAAUAUUUAUAAUUCAUCCAUUAAAUAAU